GCCCGGAGCUGAGGGGCUGUCCUAGGCCUAGCGAGAAAACUGUCUGUUAUUGUCACUUCUCUGUUCCCAGUCUUGUGCUGACAGCUCAGGAAGAGUCAGCUCUGGAGCCAGCACUCGGGAGGCUCCCAGUCCGGAGAGUAUGGAGUUGGACAUAGACACUCCCAACCUCCAGUGUCCGGACUGAGCCAGAGAAAGCAGACGGGAGCCAGGAAAGCCCAGAGGAGAAAGCCAGAGAAGAGGAGGCCUCCUAGGAAGGAACGGGUUUUGAAGAGCACCUAGGACGCCACCAGACCAAAUAAAAGGCUUCUCCGCUGAGGUCUCUGCUGAGGUCAACCGGAUAUGCCCCCCGGAAGCUGGAACCCCACAACGGUAGUCCAGGGUAUCCUCUGGAUCCUGCUUGGCUUGUUGCUAUGUCCGGAACCAGGGACAGCAUCCCUGCCCCUCCUCAUGGACUCUGUCAUCCAGGCGGUGGCUGAGCUGGAGCAGAAAGUGCCGGUCACGGAGGCCAACCACACUGUCUCUGUGUGGCACCUGUCAGCCUGGGACUCUGAUCCCCACGACCCCCUCCAUCACUUCCUGCUAAAGGAACAAAGUCUCAAAGUCACCAAGUUGGAUCCUUCUGCACUGAGCCCAGAGCUGCAAGGCCUGAUGGAGGAGGUGGCCCGACAUCAUGUGCGGGGUGGGCGGGAAUACGGGGUGGUACUGGCCCCCGAUGGCUCCACGGUGGCUGUGGAGCCUCUUCUGGCAGGGCUGGAAGCAGGGCUGCAGGGCCACAGGGUCAUAGACUUGCCCUUGGGCAGCACAGACACCCCUCUGGGUGCCGGAGACACCUUUCCAGAUGUGGGAGCUGAGGUUUCUGAUGCAAGGGCCACCUCCCCAGGACUCAGGGAUGUCUCUCCAGAUGUCAGCUCUAUGUCUCCAAAUGUUAGAACCACAGAUCUCAAUGUAGGAGCCAUCUUUAAAGAUGACAGAGUCCCCUCUCCAGUUGACCAAACCUCCUCGCCAGAUGCCAAAGCAAAGUCUCCGACCACUGUGGACAGCCUCCUGGUGGUCACCUUGGCCAGAGACCUGGGCCUGGCCUUCCUCCAGAACCCCCAAACCCAGAGCCACCCAGGCCUGGGAGCUGAGGGCUGCUGGGACCAGAACUCUGUCCCCAGGAACUUCACACUCCUGGACCCUGAGGCGUCACCGGUUACCACAGCCUUCCUCAACGGUGCUCUGGAUGGGGCCCUCCUCGGGGACUACCUGAGUCGGGCCCCUGAGCCCCGGCCACCCCUCCACCACCUCCUGAGCCAGUACUAUGGAGCUGGGGUGGCCGGAGAUCCGGGACUUCGCAGCAACUUCCGACGGCAGAACGGAGCUGCUCUGACUUCAGCCCCUGCCCUGACCCAGCAGGUGUGGGGCGCCCUCAUCCUGCUACAGAGGCUGGAGCCAGCACACCCUCAGCUGCAGGGCUUGAGCCAAGAAGAGCUGGCGCAGGCGGCCACCCGUGCUGCCAAGGAGUUCACUGAGGCCUUCCUGGGGUGCCCGGCCAUCCACCCCCGCUGCCGCUGGAGUGCGGCUCCGUACCGGGGCCGCCCGACGCCGCUACGGCUGCCGCUCGGGUCCUUGUACGUGCAUCACACCUACCAGCCCGCGCUUCCCUGCACCACCUUGGCGCGCUGCGCGGCCAACAUGCGCUCCAUGCAGCGCUUUCACCAGGACACGCGCGGCUGGGACGACCUCGGCUACAGUUUCGUGGUGGGCUCAGACGGCUACGUGUACGAGGGCCGAGGCUGGCACCGGGUAGGCGCGCACACUCUAGGCCACAAUACCCGCGGCUUCGGCGUGGCCUUCGUGGGCAACUACACCGCGGAGCUGCCUGCCGAGGCCGCGCUGCGCACGGUGCGCGACACGCUUCCCAGGUGCGCGGUGCGCGCUGGCUUCCUGCGGCCGGACUACACGCUGCUCGGCCACCGCCAGGUCGUGCGUACCGAGUGCCCUGGCGACGCGCUCUUCCACCAGCUGCGCAGCUGGCCGCACUUCGACGUGAAUGUAAAGCCCAGGACUGCCAAGAGCGCCUCCAGGAGAUCCAAGAGGAAGCCGCCUCUAGUGACCAUGCCGGCCACAGACCUGCAAUAAAGAGACUGUGUGAAGAAAGCCUGUGUGUAUGC